ACCAAAUGAUGACCACCUGAGUUGAUUCAGGCCGGGGUGCAAAACGAGUCGAAAUAAAAACAAUUGACUGAUUUCGGUUAAUAUUAAUUAUUAAACAAAAGAUCUGGACCAUCCGACCAGCAAGAGUUGAGUACGACUCACGAUAUUGGCGUCCAUGCUUUUGUAGCCGUGCCGCCGGAACGCCAGUCUCGCCGUUUUUCGGGUUGGCGCAACUGUAUGGCGGUCCUGCGGAUGAGUCUUGCUGGUGCAUUGUCUGCGUUCGUCGCCGGGAUGAACAACCGAACGCUACGUCUAUCCCUGCUUCCACCCCUCCUCAGGCUGCCUUCUGGAGACACCAAAAUCAAGGUCGCCUUCUUCACAGCAUCAACGGCGGCAACACCACCACCAAGUGGAGGCUGUGAGGUUAGCAGCGACGGAGGAUUUCUACGGCUGUCGGAUGAUCAGCUGAUGGGUCAGUGUGAGAUGGACACCUUCAAGGCAUCUGGCCCCGGCGGCCAGCAUCGCAACAAGAGGGAGAGUGCUGUCAGGCUCAAGCACAUACCUACUGGUAUCGUCGCCCAGGCAGUAGAAGACCGUUCUCAACAUAAGAAUCGCGCUUCAGCAUUAGCUCGUUUGCGGACUUUGCUGGCUCUUAAAGUCAGAAACCCAAUAAUGCUUGAUGAAUACUCACCUCCACUGGAGCUCAUUCAAAUUCUUCCUGCAAAAUCGACAAUAAGAGGAUCAAGUGUUGGCCCGCAGAUUGGACCUAAUAAUCCAAAAUUCAUCCUGGGAAUGCAAGCUUUAUUGGAUCUACUGCAUGCUGUUGAUGGAUCAAUAUCUAAUGCAGCCAAAAUGUUGGGUUUAAGUACUGGGGCUUUGUCAAGGUUAAUACUGUCAGAUGAUUCACUCCGGCUAGCAGUCAAUGAGAUGAGAGCGUCCAAGGCUAUAAGUCAAUGCAAGAGACCUGCACCUCUCAUUUAUCUGGCUUCUUCUUUAUCCAGAGGAGUAUUGUCACAUGGAAAGCAUCAAAGCAGGCUGGUCUUUAGGGCUUCAUUUUAUUGUGAACCAAAGGCAACUUUCUCUGCCGCUUCUGCUGCGGUGGUCACAGACCCCCAGUCCAAAUUAUAGGAUUGCAAACCUCUGUUUACCCGUCUUCGAGCUUCACUAUUCGUUCUUGCUGAAGUAACCAUGUAAACGUGCCAUGGCGUAUUCAUUUCUUGCUGAAGUGAUUAAAAAUAACAAAUGUGAUUUUGAGUUUGCGGAGCUACUGCUCGAUGGUUUUCUUUGUGAUGCUGCGGAUUGAACUUGGGCUUAUCUAAUCAAAUUGAACUGGUGCUC